UCGGCUCCGGUUCCCUUUGGAGCCGGGUGGUGGCGGCGGCGGAGUUGACGCCGCGGAGUGCUGUGUUUGGUCUCCCGCCGGCUGGUGACGCCGGGAGCCACCCGCAUCCGGGGCGCGCAGGCCCAGCGCCCGAGGGUUAAGCGGCCGGCGCAGGAUGGGGGUGACGCGAAGCCGGCCGGACUGCUGCGCGGAGACCCAGGGCCACAGGCUUGCCAUCAUGAGUACUCUGUUAGAAGCAAAUAGCACUUUUGCCUUAAACCUUCUGAAAACGCUGGGUGAAGACAGCUCGAAAAAUGUGUUUUUCUCACCCAUGAGCAUCUCUUCAGCCCUGGCGAUGGUCUUCAUGGGGGCAAAGAGAACCACUGCAGACCAGAUGGCUCAGGCACUUUGUUUCAAUAAAUUCAGCAGCAGUGGAGGCGGAGAUUUCCACCAGGACUUCCAGUCACUUCUUGCUGAAGUGAACAAGACCGGCACGCAGUACUUGCUUAGAACAGCCAACAGGCUCUUUGGAGAAAAGUCUUAUGAUUUCCUUUCAUCUUUUAAAGAUUCCUGCUACAAAUUCUACCAAGCAGAGAUGGAAGAGCUUGACUUUGUUGGUGCCACAGAGGAGUCCCGAAAACACAUAAACACCUGGGUAGCCAAAAAGACAGAAGAUAAAAUUACAGAGUUGCUGUCUCCAGGUUCAGUGAAUCCAUCAACUGGUCUGGUUCUCGUGAAUGCCAUCUACUUCAAAGGAAACUGGGAGGGUCAGUUUAACAAAGAGCUGACCCAGGAGAGUCUGUUUAAAGUCAGCAAGAAUGAGGAGAGACCUGUGCAGAUGAUGUCUAAGAAGGCUACUUUUAAAAUAACCUACAUAGGAGAAAUAUCCACAAAGAUUCUGGCCCUUCCUUAUGUGGGUGAGGAGCUGAACAUGCUUAUCUUGCUUCCAGAUGAGGACACUGAUCUGAGAACGGUGGAAAAGGAAAUUACUUAUGAGAAAUUCAUAGAGUGGACAAGACCAGACAAGAUGGAUGCAGAAGAAGUAGAGGUUUUCCUCCCUCGGUUUAAACUGGAGGAGAAUUAUGACAUGAAGGAUGUUCUUUGCAGUCUGGGCAUGACAGACGCCUUUGAGCCAGACAAGGCAGACUUUUCUGGAAUCUCGUCCAAGGGAGACCUGUGUCUGUCCAAGGUUGUGCACAAAUCCUUCAUUGAGGUCAAUGAGGAGGGCACAGAGGCUGCAGCCGCUACUGCUGCCGUGAUGAUGAUGCGCUGCAUUCGGUACACCCCCCGCUUCUGUGCUGACCACCCCUUCCUGUUCUUCAUCCAGCACAGCAAGACCAACGGGAUUUUGUUCUGCGGCCGGUUCUCCUCACCCUGAGCACAGGGUUGUCACUUCAUGCAGACCACCUUUCACCCACCCACCACUCUUCCUCUGACCCAAGUGACCUUAUCAGUGCACUGACAAUUCAGAAAAAUAAAGGGCCUGAUCAUGGGAUCCCACCUUCAGAACUGUGUGUCUGUGUGUCUGCAUGUGAAGUGCUUUUCUGGGAUCUAUGAUUGCCCCUCUGUGGGUC